AAACCACAUAAACAAUGCCUUUAAGCUGAUGCAGAAAGAACAGUUCAUCGUCUUUGGUCAAUCGCAAACACAAGCGCGUGACUCUUCCCAAAUUCACAAUCCCCCACUAACGCUUCAUCAGCAAGAGAGCAGAGUUCGGAUCGAUUACUCCCUUCUGAAUCGUUGUUUGAUUUUCGGUUCCCCAAGAACUCCAAACCCUAAUUUUUAAUUUUUUUUCUAAUGUUCUAAUUUUCUAUUUUAUUUUAAUUUUUUUAAAUUUUUUUUGAUUUUCUUUUCCCUCUUUCGUUCCAGAUUAGGUAGAUCAUCAUACCCGUUGAAAACCCUAGUUCCGUACCGAUUUUGAUCUCUGUUUUCCAUUGAAUCGAACGAUUUUGUCCCAGAUCUGAUGUUAUGGUCGGAUUUUUUGGAAUUCUAGGGCUUGAAUUUAGAAGGUUUGAAAUUCUAGUGUUUGAUUAAAUCAUAAUCCCGUUUCUUCGUCGGUUUGAACCCUAGCCUCGUUGAUCGGAUUCGAUUUCUUCGUUUCUGAAGAAAUCGGAUUUAAAUUUUUCUGAAUUUUCUUUUUCGAUUGCGAUUUUUGUUAUAGCGUUCUCCGGGGCGGCCGGCGGGGGUGUUCGUAUAUGUAUGGCUUCAGGGAUAUUAGAUGCGGACAAGAUAAGCAAAGGAAAGAGUAAGUGGGGAGAGGGUAAUAAAGUCUACACGAGAAGAUUCAAAAGGAUCGCGAAGAACACCACCGCCGCUGCCCCCUCCUCCCCAACCACAACCGACACCGUCGCCGCUACAUCUCCGCCUACUACCAGAACCAACACAUCCAAUCCAACUUCUCCACCCACUGCCUCAAACAACGAGCAAAAUCUAGCUACUGAAGACGCGAAUUCGGAACAUCAACAUACUCUAUCGCCGGUAGUAGAGGUAUCAGAUGAUCAUUCGGUUCAAAUUGCCGCUUCCCCAAAUCAGCCCACCGGGAACGGUGUGAUAAAACCGGUUGUUGUUAUUGUCGGCGAUCGGGUUAGGAUUAAUUUAAAAGCGGCGAAGGCUAAGAAUGAGAUUAUCGAGCUUAGAGAGAAGCUGAGAGCCGAGCUUAAUCAAGUCCGACGUGUAUCUCAGAAACUUGAAGAUAAAGAAGCUGAGCUAACCACCUUCUCCGCUGUUCUUGCUGUUCCUGCCGACGUUGAAGCUUACAGUCAUUCACAGUAUUCAGGUAAUGAUAUCAUCGAGAGGAGAGCUUUGCUCAGAGUGAAUUCAGAAAUGGGUACUGAUUUUGUGGACAGGAGAGCCUUGAUGAGACUGAAUUCUGAUAUGGGUUCGGCUCCCAAUACCGACAUGAGGCCUUUUAGGCAACUCAAUGUAUCAGUUGUGGAUAACAACCAUGGAGUCGGUGAGUUUGUUGAAAAAGAAAAAAGGACACCAAAGGCUAAUCAGUAUUACAGGAAUUCAGAUUUCCUUCUUGGAAAAGACAGAUUACCACCUGAAACCAACAAGAGGCAGAAAGCUAAUGGUGGAAGAAAACACAGCAAGGAAUCAGAUUAUUCUUCUGGACAUGAAAGACACAGGAAUCAAAUGUUCAAGAACUGCAACAAUUUGCUUCAGAGGCUGAUGAAGCACAAACAUGGUUGGGUGUUUAACGAACCUGUUAAUGCAAAGCUUCUUGGACUCCAUGAUUACCAUGACAUAAUCAAACACCCGAUGGAUUUUGGCACAAUUAAGAGUCGACUUGCUCAAAACUUCUACAAGUCUCCCAUGGAGUUUGCAGAGGAUGUGAGGCUGACUUUUUACAACGCCAUGACAUAUAAUCCAAAAGGACAAGAUGUACAUGUUAUGGCAGAACAAUUAUCAAAUAUUUUUGAAGAAAGGUGGUCAGUGAUUGAAUCUGAAUCAAACCCAGAUUGGAGAUAUGGAAUGAUUUAUGAUGCAAACACUCCAACUCCAACAAGUAGAACACCCACUUCAAGAAAAGCUCCUCAUUUUGCACAUGCUCCAUCAAGAACACUGUACAGGUCAGAAUCCAUGUCUUUACCUUUCAUGAAUCGUCCAAAACCCAAAAUUGCCCCUCCAAGUAGGACACCAGCACCCAAGAAACCCAAAGCUAAAGAUCCCAACAAGAGGAACAUGACAUAUGAAGAGAAGCAAAAACUGAGUACAAAUCUUCAAAGCCUACCUUCCGAAAAGCUCGACAACAUUGUCCAAAUCAUCAAAAAGAAGAACACUUCACUUUCUCAACAUGAUGAUGAGAUUGAAGUUGAUAUCGAUAGUGUUGAUAUAGAAACUCUAUGGGAACUCGAUCGGUUUGUCACAAAUUACAAGAAGAGUUUGAGUAAACACAGAAGGAGAGCUGAACUUGCUCAACAAGCUAAUCGAACUGUGUUACAAAACCCGAACCCUAUGACAUCCACUAUGGAGGCCCCAAAAGAAAAUAAUAAAACAAGAGGUGAGAAGAGCAUUGCUGGAAGUGGUGGUGGUGAAGGAGGAGAUAAUGGGGUUGGCAGUAGUAGGUCUAGUAGUUCAAGCAGUUCUAGUAGUGAUUCUGGAUCAUCUUCAAGUGAUUCAGAUAGUGAUAGUUCAUCUGAAGAUGGAUCGGAUGCAGAUGCAGAUGCAGCUCAUUCACCUACAAGUUGAAUGGCAUAGAUUGAGUAAGAUUUUCAUCAACAACUCAACUGACAGGUGUCCUAAGUCCUAACAAAGAAAAAGAAAAAUGGAAAGAAGGUGUUGCUCGCUUUUUGACAUGAAUGAGGAUGAUGAUUGAUUUGUAAUUAAAGAUGGUGCCUUGCCUUUUUUUUUUUAUUAGCAAGUAGAAAGUAGUAAGCAGGGUGUAUGAUAUAAGAGUGUUGGGUUGUGGGCCAUGAGAUCAAAAACCCAUUGACAAAAUAUAUAUAUAUAUAUAUAUAUAUAGGUUUUGAAUUUGGAUGGGGUAGACUUGGAAAACCACAAAUGAAAUUGUGCUUUUUGCUCAUAUUCUUUGUGUAUUAUCUCCCUUCCUUUCUCUCGUAAGUUGUUAAGUUGGAGGAAAAUCAAAACUGUAGCAGGAGCAGCUAGUCAUGACAUGUAUAGUUUUGGGUUUUGCUUGUUAGUAGUUAAAUAGAUGUUCUGUUGUUCUUUCUUUCACUUGUUUAAGCAUAAUUAGUUAGAGUUUCAAUAAGUUUAAAGAUUUUGAUAUUAUGCUUAAAUCCCAUAUUUGCCAAAGACUUCUUUGUUAAACAUGCAAAUUUAAUGAGGUUUGAAACCUCUUUUUGCUUUAGAACAAGGGGUAUUUGCUAUAAAAGCCCUUAUAUUUACAUGUAUGAUUAUGUCCUAAUUUUGUUUUUAUGUUUAUUAA